AUGCAUGGCACGGUGGGUGUGUAUGACAAGCUCUCCCGAGCGUGGCGAGUGAAGUCCAAACAUCGUGUCAACUGUAUCGACUGCUUCGACUUAGACAACGACGGCGUUCCGGAGCUCAUCGCAGGAUGGGAGAACGGAAAGGUCGAAGUUCGCAACGAGAAGACUGGCGAGGUCAUGUGCAAGGACUACUUUCAGACUCCAGUCGCUGCUCUCGUCCAUGCAGACUAUCGACUGGACGGCCGCGAGACGCUGAUGUGCCUCACCUCAGAAGGGGAAGUUCGUGGAUGGUUGCCGUCCAGCUCGGGUGCAGAGCACUCUGGACUGGCAUCCGGCCCAGCGGCGGCAGAAGCGAAGGAGAAUGAAGUGUGGCGGGAGCUGACGGCACAGAAGGCGAAACUGACCCAGGAACUGGCCAGCUACCAGGAACAGCUGAAGCAGUACAAGUCCGGGGGCAAGGAGACAGGCCAGGGCAUCAUCCCCACGGAUACGAAGCUUAACGCCUCGCUAAAGUCCAACCGUGGGCAGGGUACCGUAGAGCUGCACCUCAUGACUUCAAAUUACUCGGUGAUCCGCGCAGUGGUGAUCUUUGCCGAGCAUCUCUUUGACGGUGAGGCCUGCAUGUUGCACCCCUUGCCGCCCUCCAACAACAUCAUCGUGCAGAUCUCACCGGCAAAGGAUGUGCAGACCACCAUGAACAUCAAGGCCAUGACUGGCGUGACUGUGAGUAGCCUCCAAUACCACGUCUUUGAGCUCAACUACGUCAUGCCGAAGUUCGCAAUGUACCAUCUCGUGGAAGAAGUGGCCCAGUGGCCGACGGGGGCCGUCACCUUCGUAGUGCAGGAGAGGCCGAAUCGGAUCUGGUCAUGGCUUCAGAGGUCCUUCAUCUCCAUUCCGGAUCAGAUGCCGGUUGCGCCACAGACAUCCACGAACUUGCUCGACGUGAACUUCAUCUCUCUCCGUACCGGAGAGCCGCUGUGCGUCACCAUGAGCAGCCAGCAGACUGGACUCAUCACCAUCCGCACAGACGACAUGGAGACUGCAGGAGAGCUGAUCCAGGACCUCUGCAGCUUCCUCCAAGUGACAGAGUUGGAGUCCUCGGCCAACUUCCCUUCUGAAAUGGAGAGGUUCCAGCAGGUGCUGACACGUGUCGAUGAGUACAAUGCCGUCCGCAUGAAGCUGACUGCCGAAAUGGCGGACAGCGCGAACCUGGUGAAAGCGCUCAUCGUGAAAGCCGAGGAUUACAGGAUGCUCUCGGACAUGCAGCACCUGAAGAAGGUGUUUUCCGGUCUGCAGCAGACGAACAGCGACCUCAUCGCUGAGUACAAUAAGCGUGCAAACAACCACCAGCAGCUCCUCGCGCAGCUCAAGGAAGUCAACAUGAUGAUCCAGAAAGCUGCGAAGCUCCGCAUGGGCAACGCCAAGGGUCGGGUGGUUGCCGCCUGCCGCCAGGCCAUCAAGCAGAACAACAUCAUGGGCCUCUUCCAGAUUAUUCGGACGGGCCAUGAUGCAUCUGGCUGA